UUCACGCUAUGAAUAAGGACAGAAGACAUAGAAAAGAAAACGAAUUUGUAGACAGUGAGCGGUCCAUGUUGUUUUGAAUAGUGAUGUCAUGUUUUAAUUACAUUUUACUUUUAGGUAAGGGUCACACACUCUCGCUAUUGAACAUUGACGCACAUCAGCAUUCUAUCGUAAUUUUCUUCCAGUAUUACGAAUCUGCACAAUUUUUUUCUUCUUCUUGAAUGAGACGUGACGCCUCACAAUUGAGUUUUGAGUCAAGUUUGAACAUGAAAACACGUGAAAACUAGGGGGCGGCUGUUGAUUGAAAACUACUUUUAUGAUCUUCAAAGAGCUUGGAUGUUGUAAAAACUUUGCUCAAAUCGAGAACGGGAAACUCCGAACAGGGAAAGGAACAGGGAAUGGAGCAGGGAACAGAGAACGGAACAGGGAAUAUAGAGAAACAGGGAAAGAGACUCUAGGACCCAAACUACAGUGCAGCUGCAACUGACUGCGUUUGAAGGUAUACCACAAUGCUGUGCGUGAAAGAUGUUUGGCCAUUUUCAAUUAUUCUUCUGGUGCUGUUAGUGUUUAUACUAUCCAAUCAAGUUUCUGAAGCCAAAACUCUGAACGAGGCAGUUCAUUGCAGACAAUGCAGGAUGCGGUCACCUUGGCCACCAUCAUUUUUCGUUGGGAACAGACGUCCAGAGGGUCUCCCCGGUAUCAGUCGAGGACAAGAAAUUCAUCAGUUACUUCCUCAGGAUCCCCCUGGGACACACCCUUACUUUAUUUCACUGUUUGACACGGACAGAAACAUCCCCUUUUAUUCCGCAUACAAAGUGACUCCCCAACAGGCGCCUUUUAUUGGAAAAUACAGCAGAAAAGAUGUCAGAGGAAGAAACUGGAGGAAUCCUCCAGGUGUUCCAGGUUUGAAAAACGCCUACAAAGAAGUGAUACAACAAGAACCUCUCAGCAGGGGGCACAUGAAUCCUGUAGCCAUAAAUACAUUUGAUAAAAAUUUCAUGAAGGCUACAUUCACCCUCACUAAUAUAAUCCCACAAUACAUCGCAUCUAACAGCGGACCUUGGCAGAUUUUUGAGGCGAAAAUCCGCCGCUACGCAGCAGAUACCUGUGGAAGUCGAGCCCGUCGUGGGACUUUGUACUUACUGACCGGAACCUCAGAAUAUAGCCUUGCAACUAAUCUUGAAGAAAACGGAGAUCUUCAUUCAAAAGUGGUUCACAACGGCGUAAAACUUGCCAUUCCCCGAGCUGUCUGGACAGCGGGUUGCUGUGUAUGGAAGGAGUCUAACGAUACUAGAGUCCAAAGAGCAGAGUCUUUUGCAGUCAUGAGUAACAAUGCAAAGGAUCAAAAAGGGCUAAACCAGACUGAAAUGAAUGUGUUGGAGUUGGAGAAACACCUUACUCCGUCAUACUCGCCAUGGGUGGAUUUAUUCCCCGGGGAUCAACUCUGCAGACUACCAGAGAACACUGUAAAGCUGCGAUAGGGUAAAUUUUGUUUCAGUGCCGUAACCAAGUUGCGAUUGAGUAUGGUUCUGCAUAUCUGUUUUAAUUGCGUGUUUGCGAUUUUAUCAACCGACUCAUUAAGAUAGUUAUUUUUCUUCAUACAUUUUAAAAUGCAAAAGUGGGACUAUUUACUCUAUCUUAGUGUUGUUUUGUCUCCAAACAUGAAUUCAUUUUUCACAUACUGUCAUCCUUUACCCGAAAAUUAGUCUCUAAGAGGCAUUUGUUUUUUCAUCCCAUAGAGCACAACAUGGUCUUUGAUGGGAGGUCAAUGG